GUUGUCCCUCUCCAACUAACUAACUAGGUACUUUCGAACUGUCUGUCUGUGUUUUAUGAGAGUGCUGCUAAACUGUAACAUGCCAAAUGUUGAUCUCCUUGAGUGAUGGUAACAGUUUUUUUCUAGCAUUAAUGGAAGACUGAGGAGCGCAGCGACGGACAUCUAAUCUUUAUCCUGCAUCACAACUGUCUGUUGAUAGAGAGCGAGUCUGUUUGUUUAGCUAGCUAACUAACCAUCUCUUCCGUGGAAUCUCGGAUUAGAAAGCUAGCUAGAUAGUUAAUUUAGCACCAGUGGAAAAAGUUACUCGAGGGAGCUAACGACAACGUCGGCUGGGGUAAUGGGUCUGCUGUCUUGAAACAUAUUAGCUUCGAAUACGAUGCCUGGCUUGCUGGCUAGGAUAGGAACUGGAUAGGAAGCGACAAUGUGAUGCAGUGAUUUUGCUACGGAAUUCCCCACGGCAGUAACGUAGCCCGCUAGCACACUGCGAUAUCGCUUGCACAAUCGGCCCUUUGAAUUAACUGUGGACUUUUUGGACUGUUGAUGUCUGUGAAAUCCAUGACACAGGGCACAACCUAGACGUCAAGUAAACAAACAUUAGUGAUACUGAUGCAAAUAGUUGAACAACAGUGGAAAUCUGAAUAAGUGAGACCAGAGAGAACUCACUGAAACUGAGCAGCAAAUCACAGAUUGACGCUCACUCCUUGCGCCCUUGUCCAAUAACUUUCAAUGGCAAUUAAAACUUGAAGACUGGGUCCAUCUACAUACCAUAUUCGGUUGGAGAUUCAUAAGGUGUUAGAAGUAAAGAGAAGAACAUUCUCCCAUUUGUGCCUCAUUUCAGACUCGAAUACCUACUGCCAUGGAGGGGGUAGGUGGGGGAAAUUUGCAGAAAGUCACUCCUUUAGCUAGAGAAUUAUCCCGGAUCUUCAACAGCUACAAUAAACACUCCAUACAACUGAAAAAGAAUCUGAAGGAGACCAACGCAUUUUUCCGGGAAAUAAAACGCAACUACAGUAACGCCUGCGCAUCGGCCGCCAGCUCGGAGGCAGCUGCUCUGGAGGCAGGCCAGCUGAGCUGCAUCUCCUUCCCCCGGCAUGAGGAGGAGUUCCUGCAAAGCAGCGUGGGCAGCGCCCCCUACGUCCUGGUACUUGGUCAGGACUGUGCCGCGCGUUACCAGCUGCUCAACUGCCUGCUGGGGGAGCGGCUCUUGCCCCUGGGGCCAGAGGCGGGCGAGGCCUGCGAUGGCGUCCAGGGCACCGCCUGCAAGAGGAGGAAGCUGUGCUUCACCCACGGGCGCCAGACGCGACUUAGCCUAGCGUUGCCCGGCCAGUAUGAGCUGGUGCACCAGCUGGCGGCCCACUGCGGGCGCUGGGAUACGGUUCCCCGGGAGGACCUGGAGAUCCAGGAGGAGUGUGAGGACCCCGCCCACAGGCUGGCCGAGCUGGAGAUCACCCUGCACCACCCUCUGCUACAGGAGGCGAAAAUCAUGGUGGUGCCGUGCCCCAGUGUCCAGCCCAUCGAGGAGGCCCUGGAGGACUGUACGCGUAACGUGGUUCCCAUCAUGCUCUACGCCCUCAACCAGGACUCCCUCACUGCUGAGCAGGUGGCUGAGCUAAUGAAAGUCAAAGAGAUGCUCAUCUUCCCCAUUUGCUUCGUCCGUAUCCCUGCCACCCCACCCGAGGCCUCCCCCGAGCCCAGCCGGCGCCUGGAGAAGGAGAAGGAGAGGGAGAGGAGCCCCCUCUACAAGCAGCUGCUGUCCCUGGGCUUCCUCAGCACUCCGGUGGGAAACUGCUCCUGCGGAGCCCCCUCCCAGACGCCCAGCCCGGCCGUCAAGCCCCAGAGCGUCCUGGGGGAGGCCUUUGAGAGGCUGCACCGCCUCCUGGUGCCCUUCGCCCGCCAAGUGCUCCACAACCAGCAGGUGGAGGUUGCUAACCUGCUUAACGGGGUCCACUGCCGCUGCCUUGACCUCUUCAUCAACCAGGCAUUUGACAUGCAGAGGGACCUGCAGAUCACGCCGCGGCGGCUGGAGUACACACGGGAGAAGGAGGGCGAGCUGUUCACCUCCCUGAUGGCCAUCGCCAACCGCAAGCAGGAGGAGAUGAAAGAGAUGAUCGUGGAGACGCUGAGCAGCAUGAAGGAGCAGCUGCUGGAGGACGCUGCCAACCUGGAGUUCACAGACCUCAUAGUGGCGACCAACGGAGAGCCUGUUACCUCGAAGGACAUCAAGUCUUGCAUCCACCAGAUCCAGGAGCUGAUAGUGGUGAGGUUGAACCAGGCGGUGGCCAACAAGCUGAUCAGCUCUGUGGACUACCUGAGGGAGAGCUUCGUAGGAACCCUGGAGCGCUGUCUAAACAGCCUGGAGAAGUCCAACAUGGAGUCAUCUGUCCACAAUGUCACCUCCAACCACCUCAAACAGAUCCUUAACGCUGCCUAUCACGUGGAGGUGACCUUCCAUUCAGGAUCAUCUGUUACGAGACUCGUCUGGGAGCAGAUCAAACAGAUCAUUCAGAGGAUAACGUUUGUGAACCCUCCUGCCAUCACUACAGAGUGGAAGAGGAAGGUGGCCCAGGAUGCCAUAGAAAGCCUGAGUGCUGCCAAGCUGGCUAAGAGUAUCUGUUCCCAGUUCAGAACACGACUCAACAGCUCCCACGACGCAUUCGCUGCCUCCCUGCGACAGCUGGAGGAGGGCCACACGGGGCGGUUGGAGCGUACUGAGGACCUGUGGCUGCGUGUGAGGAAGGACCACGCCCCGCGGCUGGCACGCCUGUCUCUGGAGAGCCGCUCCCUCCGAGACGUGCUACUGCAUGGCAAGCCCAAGCUUGGGCGAGAGCUGGGGCGGGGUCAGUAUGGAGUGGUCUAUCUGUGUGACAGCUGGGGGGGACGCUACCCCUGCGCUCUGAAGUCAGUUGUACCGCCCGACGACAAGCACUGGAACGACCUCGCCCUGGAGUUUCACUACACCAGGUCCCUCCCUAAACACGAGCGCCUGGUGGACCUGCAUGGCUCGGUGAUUGACCACACAUAUGGCGGAGGCUCCAGCAUCGCUGUGCUUCUCAUCAUGGAGAGGCUUCACAGAGAUCUCUACACAGGCCUGAAGGCUGGUUUAUCAAUGAAGGAGAGACUCCAGAUUGCUCUGGACGUGGUGGAAGGCAUUCGCUUCCUGCAUGGUCAGGGGCUUCUGCACAGAGACAUCAAACUAAAGAAUGUGCUGUUGGACAAACAGAACCGGGCCAAGAUCACAGACCUGGGCUUCUGUAAGCCAGAGGCCAUGAUGUCCGGCAGCAUCGUAGGAACCCCAAUCCACAUGGCCCCUGAGCUCUUCACAGGAAAGUAUGAUAAUUCUGUGGAUGUCUAUGCCUUUGGAAUCCUGUUCUGGUACCUCUGCACUGGCUCCGUCAAACUCCCAGAGUCCUUUGAGAAAUGCUCCAGCAAGGACCAGUUGUGGAAUAAUGUUAAAAAAGGCGCGCGCCCCGAACGGUUGGCCAACUUUGAUGAGGAAUGCUGGCAGCUGAUGGAGGCCUGCUGGAACGGAGACCCUUCCCAGAGGCCCCUGCUCGGCAUCGUAGAGCCCAGCCUGCAAAGCAUCAUGGUACGGCUCUGCAAUUGUGGCUCAGAUCAGAAGAGCAGCAGCCUGGACUCAAACUGACAAACUCUGAGAGGACCACAGUUGCAAAGGAUUAUGAUCAAAAAAUGUACUUUUUGUUGUAUUUAUGGAAAAAGGACAGUGUGUUUCUGGAAGGCCAAGAGAGGAGAAGACCAAUAAUAAAGAUUGACAAAGA